UGCUUGUUCCAAGUGAAACUCCUCACUACACUCCAUGAAAGCCAUCCACCUCAAUAAUUCACUAGUUUUGUUUAAAAACCAAAUUAGUUCUUGCCUCUUUUCUUCACACAAACCAAAAUAUCUCAACUUUGAUGCAAAAAGAUGGAUAUUGAAGAUGAGGGAUGGGUGAACAUACCUUAUGAUGGGCUGCUUGAAGUCCAUGAUGAUGAUGGGGGGAAGAAAUUUUUUUCAAGAAAGUUUGUGAGGAGUCCCAAGAAUCUUUUCAAAAUGAAUUACUUUGAUUCCUCACAAAAUUCCCAAGAAUUUGUCGACUCCUCGUCCGAAGAUGAUUUAAGAUCGCCUAAGAAGUUGAUCGCUUUUCCAAUUCAUAUGGAUGAUCAUCAAGUUAUUGAUCACCAUGAAGAGGUCAAAGAGAUUACCAAACUCCCAAUUUUGGUCGAUGGGGUGCUUGAAGGUGCUCCUGAACCGGAUCAAGAUCCGAUCUUUCAAGUUUUCUUCAAAAAAGAAAAUGAAUUUGUCGAAAUGAAAAUGGAUUCUCCGAGAUCAGGUUCUCGAAGGAUAACUUCGCCUUAUAUUGAAACAGACCUGUUUCAAUUUGAGGACAAAGGUGAUGAACAUAUGUUCAAUGGUUCAUCACCAUCAAAAGUUGUGAUUGAUAAGAUUGAGAAGGUGAAGGAAGAAGGCAAUGAAGGAUUGAAUAUUUGGAAAAGGGGUUUGAAUGGGAUUGGUGCCUUUUGUUCUCUUGGUAUGGCUGCGGUCACAAUUUGUAUCAUCCUUUUUGGUAAUGGUCAAAGGCACAGACAAAAUCAAAAGAUUAGGAUCCAAUUGUACUCGGAUGACAAGAGGAUAAAGCAAGUGGUUCAUCAUGCAAAUGAAGCAAUGUCAGCGGUUAGAGGUGUCCCUUUGACCACAGCCCAUAUCACAUAUGGGGGAUACUAUGAAGGUUUCUAGGGUAAAAUUUAACAUCUAGUUAAUUAAAGAUGUUUAUUAGAAAAAUACCUUUUUGAAAUAUUGUAUUUGAGUAUAGUAGAACGUUGGAUUUUUACUAUAUAAACCAUCUACAAUAUUCAAAAAGUAUAUAACUUUAUUAUAAUUAAGCAUUUAGCUUUGGUAUAUCAUGAGAUGUAACAUUUGAUAUUUAUAUUUGUGUAUAGAUAGAACAUGCCUAAAGCAUAUUGGUAUAUCAUGAGAUGUAACAUUUGAUAUUUAUAUUUGUGUAUAGAUAGAACAUGCCUAAAGCAUAUUGUGUAUAUAUAGAUGUCAAAGUCUGAAUUUUCACUCGUGUAAAAGAUUUCGUAUAGCAACAUGUUAGAAUCUG